UGAUUUAUAUUGUUCAGUGUGUAAAAAAAAGUAAAAUUGAUAAAAUGUUUAUAUAUUUUAUGGGAUUACUUCUGCUUUUGGGCAUAAACAAUGUGAGUGACGCAUGUACGCAAACAGGAAGAUUCCCAAGUAAUUCAGAACCUGAAUGCCGUGGUUUUGUAAUGUGCUUGAAGGGUGCAGCAGGUUUCAUGCAGUACAACCUUGUGUGCCCUGAACAUUCCAUAUUCAGCCACCUAGAAAACCAAUGCACGAAUGUCACCGAGUACAAAUGUUGGCCUAAUUACAACUGUACUAAGGAAGAAGACAUCGUUCAACCUUUGAAUGAAAACUGUACAUCCUAUAUAUCAUGUAUUCAAGAUUUCAACAAUACUUUCUCAGCAAGACUCAUCGAUUGUCCUGUGAACACUGUAUUUAAUGGAAGUAUGUGUGUCGAAAAAGACGUCUAUCAGUGCCACAAAAAAACAGAGACGACCACGACCCCAAAAAACACGUUGCAAGUUACAAUAGACAAUUUUUCUGGGAAUUUUACAUUGAAUUCAGUUGCUCCACUAUCAAUACAAUGUUUAACUGUCGGUAUAACAAUGUCUCUCUGUUUAAUGAUUUUGUAAUCGCAUCAACGCUGAUUAUUUUCAUGCGACAUUUCCUGCGUUUACAUAUUUUGUGUAAAGAUGUGUUUCGUCAUCUAAACGAGCCCAAGGCUAAGACAAAUACAGUUUGUAUGUAUGUUAAACGCCCAAUAUGUAUUGCACAGAUUAGGUAUUAGUUACUACGUAUGUACUGUAUGUACAUUGUACAAAGUACAUCUGU